AUGACCACUACUGAACCAAUCAAAUCAUUCGCCACAAGCUUUAGUGAGCAAUUGUACUAUACUGACUACGAACGAGUUAGUGUUUGCUGUGAUGGUUAUAAUAAAGUUAGUGAUACCACAUGUGAGCCCAUCUGCAAUCCAUCGUGUUCAAAAAAUGCCGAAUGUGUAGCGCCAAAUCAAUGUAAUUGUGUCAGUGGUUACGAAGACACCUACAGCAGUGGAUACGAGCCAAUAUGCAAGAGUACAGAAGAUACUACAGAAGGGACUACAGAAGAGACUACAGAAGAGACUACAGAAGAAUCUACAGAAGAGACUACUGAAGAGACAACAGAAGAGUCUACAGAAGAGUCUACAGAAGAUACUACUGAUGAGACAACAGAACAGUCUAAAGAAGACACAACAGAAGAGACUACAGAAGAGACUACAGAAGAAUCUACAGAAGAGACUACUGAAGAGACAACAGAAGAGUCUACAGAAGAGUCUACAGAAGAGACUACUGAAGAGACAACAGAACAGUCUAAAGAAGACACAACAGAAGAGACUACAGAAGAGACUACUGAAGAGUCUACAGAAGAGACUACUGAAGAGACAACAGAAGAGUCUACAGAACAGUCUACAGAAGAGACAACAGAACAGUCUACAGAAGAGUCUACAGAAGAGACUACUGAAGAGACAACAGAAGAGUCUACAGAACAGUCUACAGAAGAGACUACUGAAGAGACAACAGAAGAGUCUACAGAACAGUCUACAGAACAGUCUACAGAACAGUCUACGGAAGAGUCUACAGAAGAGACUACUGAAGAGACAACAGAAGAGUCUACAGAACAGUCUACAGAAGAGACUACAGAAGAGACUACUGAAGAGACAACAGAAGAGUCUACAGAACAGUCUACAGAAGAGACUACUGAAGAGACAACAGAACAGUCUACAGAAGAGACAACAGAAGAGUCUACAGAACAGUCUACAGAAGAGACAACAGAAGAGACUACAGAAGAGACAACAGAAGAGUCUACAGAACAGUCUACAGAACAGUCUACAGAAGAGUCUACAGAAGAGACUACUGAAGAGACAACAGAAAAGUCUACAGAACAGUCUACAGAAGAGACUACAGAUGAGACUACUAAAGAGACAACAGAAGUGACAACAGAAGAGUCUACAGAAGAGUCUACAGAAGAGACUACAGAAGAGUCUACAGAACAGUCUACAGAAGAGACAACAGAAGAGACUACAGAAGAGACAACAGAAGAGUCUACAGAACAGUCUACAGAAGAGUCUACAGAAGAGACUACUGAAGAGACAACAGAAGAGACUACAGAAGAGACAACAGAAGAGUCUACAGAACAGUCUACAGCAGAGUCUACAGAACAGUCUACAGAAGUGACAAUAGAAGAGACUACAGAAGAGACAACAGUAGAGUCUACAGAAGAGACUACAGAAGUGUCUACAGAACAGUCUACAGAAGAGACAACAGAAGAGACAACAGAAGAGACUACAGAAGAGACAACAGAAGAGUCUACAGAACAGUCUACAGAAGAGUCUACAGAAGAGACUACUGAAGAGACAACAGAAGAGACUACAGAAGAGACAACAGUAGAGUCUACAGAAGAGACUACAGAAGUGUCUACAGAAGAGUCUACAGAAGAGACAACAGAAGAGUCCACAGAAGGGACUAGAGAAGAGACAACGGAAGAGUCUAAAGAAGAGUCUACAGAAAAGACUACUCUAGAGACUGCAGAAGAGACUACAGAAGAGACUACAGAGGAGUCCACAGAAGAGACUGCAGAAGAGACUACAGAAGAGACUACAGAAGACGCCACAGAAGAGACUACAGAAGAGACUACAGAAAUUGAACCAAAAACUACAACAGAUUUUGAGAUUACUUCCCCAACUGAAUUAAAACAAACUACUGCCAGCUCUUUGCAAUCAGCCGAUAUUUGCCAUGAAAAUUGUCAAUGUUGGCAGGAAAUUGAUGAAUAUGGUCCCUUAGUUACAAAACAAUGUUCACGCAUAUGUGUGGAUGCCAAUGACAAACCUUGUCUGGAUUUAAAACAUUGCCAAUGUGAUGUUGCCAAAAAUCAGUUAGUCUGUCAUAUCUUCGAGGAAUCAAUGGAAGCUGAUGAUGAUCCAUUUUACUACAUGUGUGCUUUGCAACAUUCUAAAGCCAUCACAUUUAAGACCCUGGAGGAGGGCAAGAGCAAUGAAAUGAUAAGUUUACCACCUGCCAAACCUACAGAUUUUCCCUUGUGGGGAACAGCCUUAGUGGGAGUAUUGGUGGUAGUAAGUGCAAUAGGUGGCAUGUUAUAUGUGCGUUUCAAGAAAGUAGAAGAACCCAUUAUGGACUACGAGGUGUGA